GGCUCUUUAACCAGUGUGUUACGGAACCUCCCAACCAUUCAAUGCUUUGGCUCAAUAAGAACCAACACGUUCAAUCAAUAUAAAUCUGAGUCUUGGGGUUCGGAUCUGUUCCAAUUUCAUCCAAGACGGAGAAAAUAAGAAGAGAUGGUGGGACCAGCAAGACCCUUGUUCGUCCUCUUUGGUUCUUCCAUUGUUCAGCUCAGCUAUUCCCAGCAAGGUUGGGGCGCCAUUCUUGCUCACUUGUAUGCUCGUAAGGCGGAUGUAAUUCUGCGAGGAUACUCUGGCUGGAACUCAAGGCGUGCUGUGCAAGUUCUGGAUGAAAUUUUCCCAAAGAAUGCCUCCGAGCAACCAUCAUUGGUUAUUGUGUACUUUGGUGGUAAUGAUUCUCUUCUUCCUCAUCCAAGUGGCCGUGGUCAACAUGUACCUCUCCAAGAAUACAUAGAAAAUAUGAGAAAGAUAGGUACCCAUCUGAAGAGCCUUUCAAAGAAGACUCGCAUCAUAUUUCUCACUGCACCUCCGGUCAAUGAGGCACACCUUACUGGAUACAGUGUGCUACCGGGGCAGCAAUUAAGGACAAACGAAUCUUGUCGAAUAUACUCAGAAGCGUGUUUGGAGCUGUGCCGUGAGAUGAAUAUCAAUGCCAUUGAUCUGUGGACUUUACUCCAGAACAGGGAUGACUGGAGAGAUGUUUACUUCACGGAGGAUGGAAUUCAUCUUUCUGCUGAGGGGAGCCAUGUGGUUGUAAAAGAGAUAUUGAAGAUGAUCAAAGAAGCAGAAUGGGAACCAAGCCUGCAAUGGAGGUCAAUGCCAACCGAAUAUGGAGAAGAUUCACCUUAUGAUCCAAUUGGCCCUGAUGGAAGCAAUGUGAAUGUCUCCAACUGGACCUUCCUUGAAACUAUGCAAUGGGAAUAGAGUUGUCUGCCCCAGUUCUUAGAAUCCUUGAAGCAAUAAUCACAUAAUAACAGGAAAUAAGAACCACAUGUCUACAUCAUUUAUCACUGGAUUUUCUCACCUUGAGUGGAAUGAAAUAGUGACUAUAUAUGCACUUUGAUUGA